AGAAAAAGCGCAAUACUUGGGGACAGUAUUAGAUCGAACCCUAGGCACCCAGGAGACCCACGAGAGGCGAGCACGCGACCGCACAUCUGGUGUACGACGGCUCCGGCAAGGACCGCGGGCGGCUAGUACGGCUGGAACCACCGAUCGCCGCCGCCAACUCCGGAGACUAGCCAGCCAGUGGGUGCCCUCUCGUUUGGAUCGUCUACUGUGUGAGUAAAGGAAUCACACGAACUCCGGUACAGCCGGCGUCGACGACGACCACUUGUGUGGAUUUUGCUUCCCUCCACUUCAGGGUAGACUAUGAGCAAGUCAAACACCUUGCCAUCAACGAGGUCGUCUGCUCUGAGGUCAUCACGGUCGGCCAACACCUGUGGAGGAUCGACUCUUACCCACGGGGACCGGUAGGGUACUCCAAGGAUGACAUGGAAAAUUAUGUUUCCAUCUACCUUAGGCAUAUGAGCGAUUUCGGAAGCGUACGCGCCACCUUCAUCGCCUUUAUAAAGGAUAGAGAUGACAAGCCAUCAGAAACAGUAUGAGUCAAGACUGGCCUUCACGAGUUCACAAUCAUGGGCGCCCCUGAUUGCCUCGAUGACUGGGGAUGGAAUCGGUUUGUGGCAAGAAAGGACCUCGGGGAAAAAUAUGUUACUGACGGGCACGUCACGUUCGUAUGCACCAUCAUGGUCACGCGUGAUACUACCCCUGUCACCGUGCCCCUGUCUGACAUCAAGAACCAUCUCGGCUGCUUACUGGAUCAGGCGUAUGGGACGGACGUGUCGUUUACCGUCGACGGCGAGAUAUUCCCCGUGAACCGAGCCAUUCUUGCAGCCCGCUCACCCAUCUUCAAGGCAGAGCUUUUUGGGUCCAUGGCCGAAGCUACAAUGGCAUCCAUCACACUGCACGAUAUCACACCUUCAACAUUCAAAUAUUUGCUUGGGUUCAUAUACACGGUUGAGUUUCCUAUUAGUACAGAGGAUAACACCUCCAAUUCCAAUGAGGUAUUGUUUGACUUACUUGCCGCUGGGGAUCGGUACGCACUAGACCCGCUAAAGUUAUGGGAUAAUGUGUCAAUGGAUACCGUUACAUAUAUUCAAGCUUGCGCUGACAUGUACAAUUGCCUCGAGUUGAAGGACAAGUGCGUUGACUUCAUUGCAAAAGAGAAAAAAGCGAAGAAGCCUCUUAUUUCAAAAACGAUUUGAAGAGGCCCACGACUUCAUCAGGCUAAGGCACAGAUUUCAUAGAUUAUUGUUGCUGAGUUUAGAAUUUAAUUAGAACUAUAGUGCUGGAACAUUAUACACUGGACAAUUUCACAUUUGUGUUUUCUUUUGUCUUUUACAUUGGUGCAUUGGCACCCGGGAUUCUGUUUGCGGUUUGACGGGAACUAUGGUUUUCUUGCGUUUGGAAAGUAUUUUACGCAAUACAAGAAUCAUUGUGUUCCAUUGAAAA